GGGCUCCGGUGCCAGCGCAGCCGGGGCUGCCGCUUCAGGUUCCGCUUGCUGCGACGGGGUGGACGCUGUGUCCUGCGGCCCGGACCCCCUCAAACCACGGAGCCCCCUAAGGGUGUGGCUGGCAGCUACUCCAAGAAUCAUGGCCAAGUUUGCUCUGAAUCAGAAUCUGCCCGAAUUGGGCGGCCCUUACCUGUGCACGGUCCCCUCCGGGAGUGCCCGCAGCCAGAGCUCUCCUUACUCGGUGGAAACACCCUAUGGUUUCCACUUGGACUUAGACUUCCUCAAGUACGUGGAGGAGCUGGAGCGCGGCUAUGCGGCCCGCCGGGCACCAGCACUGCCGCCCCAUCGCUGUCCCCGCGCGUCCCGGCGGGCCCUCGCGGGGGUGCGCAGCCCAGGAGCCUGGACCUCCAGCGAGUCCCUAGCCAGUGACGACGGAGCAGCUUUGGGUGCUCUCUCCCCACGGGCAUCUCCAGGGCUCUUGUUGCCAUCGCUGUCACCGAGCGCACUCGUGCGCAACCCACGAGUCGAGCGCACGCUGCUGGAGACCAGCCGGCGCCUGGAGCAGACGCAGGCUCACGAACGCGUGCUCAGCCCUUCCCGCUCGGCCCCGCGCAGCCCACGUGGGUCCCGCUGCGGAAGCCCCACCCCAAGCCCCGUCCCCGCCUCACCGGGCCCCACCCAACUGCAGCGAGUGCGCGAGCAAAUGGCCUUAGCGCUGCGGCGCCUGCGCGAGCUCGAGGACCAAGCGCGCGCGCUGCCAGAGCUCCGGGAGCAGGUGCGCGCCCUGCGCGAGGAGAAAGCGCAGCUACUGGCCGUGCGCGCGCAGCAGUCAGAGCCUGACGGGGAAACCGAGGCACGCCCUGACAAGCUCGCCCAGCUGCGGCGGCUCACCGAACGUCUGGCCACCCCUGAGCGUGGAGUCCGCUCCAGGGCCAGCCUCCGGGCUGACAGCUCCGACGGGUUGGCUGCAAGACGCAGCGAGGGCUCGCUCCAAAUCCUAGACGGGGCGGCCUUGAUCCGCGAUGGGGCGCCCCAGAUCCAGGAGGCGGGCACCGAGGCUCUGUCCCAGACUCGAGAGACCGGUACACAGGCUGUGCCGGAGAUCCGGGAGGCUGGCGUGGACGCCGUCCCUAAUACCGUUGAGGCGGAAGCGUGGGUGACCGAAGCGCUGCUGGGGCAGCCCGAGACCACUGAGCGCGAGCUGGAGCUGCUGCGCGCCAGCCUGGAGCACCAGCGCGGGGUGAGCGAACUCCUCCGGAACCGAUUGCAGGAGCUGGAGGAGGCCCACGAGGCGGCGGAGAAUGAGGCCGGGCGGGCUGGGUCCCAGCCUCGUGAGGCCACCACCCAGACCCUCUGGGUUUGUGCCGAGAAGACCACGCAGACCGAGUCUCCCGCUGAGACCUCCUCUUUGGAGAACCUGCCUGGACCCACGCCUGGGCACAAGGUGGAGGCCCCCCCCGGCACCCUCAAAUCCAUCAUGAAGAGGAGAGACGGUAUGCCGGGUGCCCAGUCCAGCCCUGGACCCAAGAGCCUGAAGUUUGUGGGGAUCUCCAACGGAAAGUAUGAGAGUUCAUCCAGUGAGGAUGACAGCGAUAGCGAAGAAGGCAACGCUGAACCCACCCAAAACAGUUCUUCCGACUCUGUGGAAGAGAACAGUGGGGAAUCUGACUCAAGCACCCCCGGUCCUCCCAAGGAGGAGGAUGCCAGGGACCCCGAGCCUGAAGCACAAUCAGAGCCUCAGCCAGAGUCACAGGAGAGGUGCGAGCUUAGCCCGCGGUUGAGGGAGGCGUGCAUCGCUCUACAUAGGCAACUGAGCCGGCACCGCGGAACCACCCGCAACGGCAGUGCCGUGCGUCUGGUGGCCCAGGAGUGGUUUCGAGUGUCCAGCCAGCGGUGCUCCCAGGCCGAGCCCGUUGCCAGGAUGCUGCAAGGGGUGACAAGCCUGGGACCGGAGCUGCUGGCACACGUGGUGAACCUGGCUGAUGGCAACGGGAACACAGCCCUGCACUACAGCGUGUCUCAUGGGAACCUGGCCAUCUCUAGCUUGCUGCUGGAUACGGGGAUCUGUGAGGUCAACCGGCAGAACCGAGCUGGCUACUCGGCGCUCAUGUUGGCUGCACUGACCUCUGUGGGGCAGGAGGAGGACAUUACUGUGGUCCAAAGACUCUUCAGCAUGGGUGAUGUCAAUGCCAAGGCCAGUCAGACAGGACAGACAGCCCUCAUGCUGGCCAUCACCCAUGGGCGCCAGGACAUGGUGGCAGCCCUGUUAGAAUGUGGGGCCGAUGUCAACAUGCAGGAUGCAGAUGGGGCCACUGCGCUGAUGUGUGCCAGCGAGUAUGGACGCCUGGACAUUGUUCGGCUGCUGCUGGCCCAGCCAGGCUGUGAUCUUGCUAUCCUGGACAAUGAGGGAACCAGUGCCCUGGCCAUUGCCCUGGAAGCUGAGCAGGAUGAGGUGGCAGCUCUGUUGCAUGCGCACCUGAGCGCCAGCCAUCCCAAUUCUCAGAGCCAGUCACCCCCAGAGUCCCCCACAACUACACCUGCUCAAGGAGAAUGCAGUGAUCAUGGAGAGGACUCCCAGCCUGAGUGAUCAGCCACCAGACUCAACUCCAGAGGUCCUCCCAGCCUGUGCCUCUGGGUCAGAUCUGUGCUUAGGUGCUCGGUGCAGUGCCAGGGAAAGGCUCACCUAGAACCCACCAAAGCGGUGGGCUAGAGGAAUGGCAAGGCCCCUGCCCCACCCACUGCAUUAAUUUUUCUUUUCCUAAUAAAAGCCUUUCUA